AUGACCGAAGCGCCCGAUGAAAAGACAACGAGCGGCUUGGACUCCCCCGAUGGCAACUCACUCGACGCCGAGUCAAGCACCGUACGAAACGAUAGCAACAUGAAUAAUAAAGAAAACCGUUCUGUUAGCGAGACUCCCGGUAAUGAUGAACCGGAGGUUUACUCCGUCUUUUCUCCCCGGAUGAAGGUCAUCCUCGUCCUCAUGACCGUUUUCGCCACGCUGUUUUCGCCCUUCUCUUCUUUUAUCUACUUACCAGCUAUUACGCCCAUCGCGGAAUCAUACGGUCGCUCCAUUGCCGAUAUAAAUCUCACAGUAACCCUAUAUCAGGUUAUGCAAGCUAUCGCGCCGCUCUUCCUCGGUGAUCUCAGCGACCAGGUCGGCCGCCGUCCCGUUUACAUGCUCACGUUUGCUAUUUAUCUCGGCGCCAACAUCGGUCUGGCAUUACAACACAACUAUGCAGCGCUCAUGGUCCUGCGGGCUUUGCAGAGCACGGGGAGUAGUGCUACCGUUGCUAUUGGCAGUGCUGUUAUGGCCGACUUCACUACAAGCGCCGAUAGGGGCGGCUACAUCACAGCCGUGCAAGCGAGUGUCAUGUUCGCACCCGCUCUGGCUCCUGUUCUAGGCGGAAUAUUAACACAGUUCCUUGGCUGGCGUUCGACGUUUUGGUUUCUUGUUAUUGCCGCCGGUGUAUUUCUGCUUAUCUACAUCCCGUUCGUUCCUGAGACUGCUCGUAAUAUAGUCGGGAAUGGAUCUAUUCCCCCGCCACGACUGAAUAUGUCUUUGGCAUCUGCCUACCAAUGGCGUAAGAAGCGUCGCGACGUCGAAUCGCAGCCCGGCAAUUCAACUUUACCACAGCCGAAGAAGAUUCCAAGAAAGAUACCCAUACCCAAUGUGCUUGCCGCGGUGCUUAUAGUCUUUGAGAAAGACGUCGGCUCCCUCAUGCUCUUCAUGUCCUUGUUCGUCAUGGCUAACUACGCAAUGCUGGUUCCUCUGCAAGACGUCAUCCGCCGCCAGUAUAACUUUAACGAUCUGCAGGUUGGGUUGUGCUACAUCCCCUAUGCAGUGGGGUCAGUUCUCGGGGCUACCGUCGUCGGUAAACUAUUAAACUGGAACUAUACGCGAGUCGCCAAGAGCAUCGGAGUGUCGCCGGAUCGCAAACGGGGCGAUGAUAUGCGUAAAUUUCCUAUUGAGAGGGCUCGACUAGAUCUGAUGUGGCCGUGGACAAUUUUGGCCGUCGCUAUGAUCAUCGCGUGGGGAUGGGUCGUCGACUCAGGGACCAGCCUCGCUGCACCCCUGGUAGUCCUGUUCUUUGGUGGUGCUGGUUUAAGCGGUCCUGUGAGUAUCUUGACAACAUUGCUAGUUGAUCUCUAUCCCAUGAACCCUGGACGAGUCUCUUCUACAUUCAACUUGACGCGCGCCGCGCUCAGCGCCGUCGGGACUGCUGUGGUGCAGUACAUUAUCGAUGCUUGGGGUUAUGGUUUUACAUACCUCUUCAUGGGUUGUAUUGUGUUAGCGGCAAGUCCGUGCAUUAUAAUAGUAAGGAAUGGGGUCCUAAGUGGCGAGAGGAGAGAUACCAGCGCUUUGAGAAGAAAGAGAUUUUAUGAUUGA